AAAAACCCUAUGGCUAAUGACCAUACUACUCCGCAUCUCAACUCAACGUCAUCUUCUCUCUUCCCUUUGUUCUUCUUCUUCUUCUAACCCAAAAAUCUCUUCUUGUCUUAAAGAAUCAAUUCACAUUCUCUCUCUUCUUUCUCUCUCAUCUCCACUUUGCUCUUUCUUCAUUUCCACCAUUUUCUUGGCAUAUCAAGUUUUCACCUACAGCAAAACCCACUAACAUUUCUAUAUUCACCUUAUCCUCUCCAGAUUCCUUUUUGUCUUUUUGGUUAAAUUAUUUCUCUUAAUUUUUUAAUCAGAAAAUACGUGUUUGCAAGUAUGUAUAGAGUUCUUGAACAACUUUUCCAUCCAAAAAGAGGCAUUUUUGGGUGAUAAUUAGAUUUUACCGGAUCUGUGAUUACUUUUCGCGUUGUAUAAUUGAUGAAGGAGUAAUUUGUUGUUAGGAAUUUAAGUAUGGAUUCUGUAAUUGGUGGUAAGUAUAAGCUGGGUCGGAAGAUCGGCAGUGGAUCUUUUGGGGAGCUUUAUUUAGGUGUGAAUAUUCAAAGUGGAGAAGAAGUUGCUGUCAAGCUGGAACCAGUUAAGACGAAGCACCCUCAGCUUCAUUAUGAAUCAAAGCUGUAUAUGCUUCUACAAGGAGGAACGGGAAUUCCCCACCUCAAAUGGUUUGGAGUUGAAGGUGAAUACAGUGCCAUGGUUAUUGAUCUUCUUGGGCCAAGUUUGGAAGACUUGUUUAACUAUUGCAAUAGGAAGUUCACAUUGAAAACAGUCCUAAUGCUGGCAGAUCAGUUGAUUAAUAGGGUUGAAUAUAUGCAUUCAAGAGGAUUUCUUCACCGUGAUAUUAAGCCUGAUAACUUCUUAAUGGGUUUAGGGCGUAAAGCUAAUCAGGUAUAUGCUAUUGACUAUGGUCUUGCCAAGAAGUACAGAGAUCUUCAUACACAUAAGCACAUACCCUACAGGGAAAACAAAAACCUCACAGGCACAGCUCGUUAUGCAAGUGUUAACACCCAUCUUGGAGUUGAACAAAGCAGAAGAGAUGAUCUAGAGUCUCUUGGCUACGUGCUAAUGUAUUUUCUGAGGGGAAGUCUUCCAUGGCAAGGUCUGAGAGCUGGCACCAAAAAGCAGAAAUAUGACAAGAUCAGCGAGAAGAAGAUGCUUACACCUAUAGAGGUACUUUGCAAAUCCUAUCAAUCAGAAUUCACAUCAUAUUUUCAUUACUGCCGAUCUUUGCGGUUUGAUGACAAGCCAGAUUACUCGUACCUGAAGAGGCUUUUCCGUGACCUUUUCAUUAGAGAAGGUUAUCAAUUUGACUAUGUGUUUGACUGGACGACUUUGAAGUAUCCACAAAUUAGUUCCAGUUCAAGAGGACGGCAAGCAAUUGGGAGAUUACCUUUGAAUCCAGGACCAUCUGUUGAAAGAGCGGAGAAGCCCCCAGUGGGGCAGGAUAUUAAAGAUAAGUUUUCUGGUGCUGCAGAGGCAUUUGCUCGAAAGAAUGUGUCUGGAACUGGUUUUACGGGGGACCGUUUGAGACAUAGAUCUUCAGAGCAUCUAUCAUCCUCCAGAGAUGUGCAGGCUGAUUCUGAAAGAGGUCGCAUGUCUCGCACCGACAGCACCUCAAGGAGGGCUGUGAUGUCAAGCAGCCGACCAAGCUCCUCUUCGCAAAAGAAUCAACCUGGAUUUGAAGCCAAAUCAUCGUCUGUUACUCGUGCUACUGUUGCAAAAGAGAGCAGGGACCAUGCCCUGAGGAGCUUUGAGCUGCUGACUAUUGGCACAGGGAGAAGGAAAUAAUUAAAAAUCUGCCCCCAUCAAGGUAGCAAACUUCCAAAAUGGCAUUUUAAGCAUUCUUAUCAUCGGCAUUUCCCCCCCUGCUAAUGUGAAAUUCUCAUAACUGGUUUCACCUUAUAUAGGAGCGCCAAAUUGGCCCUCUUGAUUAUGUUCUUCCCAGCGACCUUGUGCCAAGUCAAACAACGGGGUAGAAGGUUUUUUUGCUUGUUUAUUUGAGACCCGUCUUAAUCACCGUUGGAGUCAAUAUUCCCCAUGUCUGUAUGCAGCUAGUUCGUGCUUGUGCAGAUAGUUCCAUUAUUUCAGGGAGCUGCCAGUUGUAGUACUUACAAUUGAACUCUUUGGUGUGGUGUACCAUAAAUCUGUGACCUGAAAACUUGUUCCUAUCCCGUUGCAACUACAAACCAUAUUGCUUACUUCUUUGUCAGGCCAGGGAGUGAAAAUGACUCUGAUCCAUCACUGGCGUAGUAUAUACUGUCACAAAAACCUCGUUAAAAAUGUAUUUUGGUGUACCUUAAAGAUAUGGUGUUGUCUUUUAACAUUUACCUUCCAGAGUUCAAUCAAAAGUUAACUUUUUUUUGAGUUCA